GUCCGAGAACGCGACCCUAACACUGACAUCCGGUUUUUUUUAAACGUAACUAAACGUGUAACGGAAGCAAUAAUAUUGUACGCGAGCAACAUGAAAAUCGUACUGUUGCUACUCAUCACAACAUUCAUUGCCUCAGGUCAGAGGAUAACGACAAUACAACUCGAUGGAGUGCAAUACUUUGUCUCAAGGAUGAACCCGUACAGCCCAGAAUUAAAUUACUUUUUGGCCUAUCAAUAUUGCCGUUCACUGGGUCUUCAAUUGGCGUCUUUUGAAACUAAAGAAAAAGCCGAUACCAUGACACAGUACUUGAAAAAUGCCGGCUACACUAAAUACGACUUUUGGACGUCGGGUAAUAAAUUGGGAACGGAUAUGUUCUUAUGGAUGAGCUCAGGAUUGCCAUUCAACGCGACUUUUGACUACAUGUUGAGACGUACUGGAAAUCGCGCUGUCGAUGUUCCACCUGGCACUGAACCACAAAGGGUAGCACGUGAAAGUGGAGAUAGUGGAAGUUCAGAUGGUUGUGUAGCAAUGGUAGCGCCGUCAUUAGCUUGGGAUGCUCAAGAUUGUACUCGUGUUAAGGAUUUCAUUUGCGAGCAGACAAGAUGUUAUUAUUACAACUACGGAAGCAUACCGGUUUCGGCAACUCAGGGAAAUCGUAGACCAUAUUCAUCGACGACGACCACGGCAUUGCCGGACACCGACAGUAACGACGAUAAUGCGGACAAAUUGGAGACCGAGACAACAGACGCGGAUAGGAAUGUAGAAGAGGAGCACGAGGAUAAUAACACAAACCAGGAGCAUCAGACUGAAAUUUACGACAGCAUUAGCACUAAUAAUAGCAAUAACGACAAUAAUGAUAACGACAGCCAUAAAGAAGAAAUAGAAGAAAGUUCAAAUUCACCUGACACGUUAACUCUACCCGAGGAUCCAGUAGUAGGUCGACUAAUGAGUACCGCUUCCUCAGAUCCUUUGACCAAAACUCAAUCUCGUGAAGACGUUAUCAAGGAGCGCAGCAGAACCGAGGACAUUCCUGACAUAACGAGUUUAUUCACUGGAAAUCCGGCGAUUAAAUCCCGCACCGAUACUGUAUUCGCCGGGUUGGAGACUCACGAAAUCAGAUCACUCCAGCGUGCUAGUCAGCAGUCCCCGACCUACGACAAGACCGCGAGUCAACCUGACAACGCGCUCGAGUCUAAAACCAUCGGUCCGUACGACAGCGACCAGGACUACGCAAACGACGCCCCUGAUAACACCAACAGCGGCAGUGGUGAUGUGUUGAAGGAUCAAGAGGAAGACUUAAGCACUAUUUUACCCGAUGCCGAACCGGCUUAUAGGUACAACAUUAAAGUCCGCUCCAACGGAAAAGUAUUAGACCCUCCGUCCAAGUAA